CAAACUUGCGAACCUCCCGGGCGUCGUGGCCUGCCUUGCGGCUUCCUGUGGCUGCAGAACGAUCUCCUCUCAGCGCUCUGCUCCCCGUGCAAGGCAUCACCUCCCUCCGUCCCUCCUUCCUCCUCUUCCUCCUCCUCUCCCCCCGCUCUUGAAAAACCCCAUUUCCCCAGCGCCUUCGGGGAUGGUUUCGCGGUCUGUUUUCCCCCUUUCGGCUGGAAAUGGCUUUCAGAUGUUUUCUCCCCCGCGCCCGCAUCUCGCAAAGCCGCGGCGUCGCCGUGACAACCGAGUGACAUCUCCGCCGCCUCCUCCCCCCGAGCAUGCCCACAGCGGCUCCGCUCGGCCCGGCCCGCACAGAUGGGACCAUGAGAGCCCUUCCCCGCCGCCUCCCGGCCUUUGUGCUCGGGAGGAAGAGGAGGGAGAGCAGCGAGAGGCGGCGCCGCGGCCCCUCAGCCCCCCGGGACCAUGCUGGCCUGCCUGGCCCGGGGCAGCGUGCUGGACAUCCUGCAGGAGGGAUUCAGCGAGCUGGUGAGAAGCUGAGUGGCAUCGAGCCCAAGCCCAGCAGCCAGCAGGAGAUGAGGGAAAAUGUGGAGAGAGUCUUGCAGUUCGUGGCAUCCAGAAAGAUCCGCAUGCACCAGACGUCAGCUAAAGGAGCAGCAGCGUGGACGAGGAGAUUGAGAAUCCGUGCUGGAGCGUGCGGGCGCUGGUGCAGCAGUACGAGGGGCAGCAGCACGUGCCCCCGGAGGCAGGGGCUGACGGCUGUGAAAACCAGGGAGAAAAGCGAAAUCCCUGCAAUGCAAACGUUCUGGUUUCUGUUUCAGCAACAGCUGCAGGCCUAUGUGGCCUGGGUGAAUUCCCAGCUGAAGAAGAAGCCGGGGGUGAGGCCAGUGCAGGACCUGAGGCAGGACCUGCGGGAUGGGGUCACCCUUGCCCUGCUCAUCGAGAUUGUAGGUCAGUGCUGCCAUCUGGCCCUGCUUAUCCCCCUCAGCUCGGGCUCUGGCAUCUGUCGGGCAGAUGUUGCUGGGGGUGGCAGAGCUGGCUGA